UUGGUUUUCAAUUUUCAACUCCUUCAUGAUGGUGAUCUUCUUGGUGGGCUUAGUUUCAAUGAUUUUAAUGAGAACCUUAAGGAAAGAUUAUGCCCGCUACAGUAAAGAAGAAGAAAUGGAUGACAUGGACAGAGACCUAGGAGAUGAGUACGGGUGGAAGCAAGUGCAUGGAGAUGUGUUCAGACCGUCAAGUCACCCCCUGAUAUUCUCCUCCCUCAUUGGCUCUGGCUGCCAGAUAUUUGCCGUGUCUCUCAUUGUCAUUAUUGUUGCAAUGAUAGAAGAUCUCUAUACAGAGAGGGGAUCGAUGCUCAGCACGGCCAUAUUUGUCUAUGCUGCUACAUCUCCAGUGAAUGGUUAUUUUGGAGGAAGUCUGUAUGCUAGACAAGGAGGAAGAAGAUGGAUAAAACAGAUGUUUAUUGGGGCAUUCCUCAUCCCAGCCAUGGUGUGUGGCACCGCCUUCUUCAUCAAUUUCAUAGCCAUUUACUACCAUGCUUCAAGAGCCAUUCCUUUCGGGACAAUGGUGGCCGUUUGUUGCAUCUGUUUUUUUGUUAUUCUUCCUCUAAAUCUUGUUGGUACAAUACUUGGCCGAAAUCUGUCAGGUCAGCCCAACUUUCCUUGUCGUGUCAAUGCUGUGCCUCGUCCUAUACCGGAGAAAAAAUGGUUCAUGGAGCCUGCAGUUAUUGUUUGCCUGGGAGGAAUUUUACCUUUUGGCUCAAUCUUUAUUGAAAUGUAUUUCAUCUUCACGUCGUUCUGGGCCUAUAAGAUCUACUAUGUCUAUGGCUUCAUGAUGCUGGUGCUGGUCAUCCUGUGCAUCGUCACUGUCUGUGUGACCAUCGUGUGCACGUAUUUCCUGCUAAAUGCAGAGGAUUACAGGUGGCAAUGGACGAGUUUUCUCUCUGCUGCAUCAACUGCAAUCUAUGUUUACAUGUAUUCCUUUUACUACUAUUUUUUCAAAACGAAGAUGUAUGGCUUAUUUCAAACAUCAUUUUACUUUGGAUAUAUGGCGGUAUUUAGCACAGCCUUGGGGAUAAUGUGUGGAGCAAUUGGUUACAUGGGAACAAGUGCCUUUGUCCGAAAAAUCUAUACUAAUGUGAAAAUUGACUAGAGACCCAAGAAAACCUGGAACUUUGGAUCAAUUUCUUUUUCAUAGGGGUGGAACUUGGACAGCAAAAAAAAAACUGCGAGAAGAGAUUUGGGCUUUAACACUGGGUACUUUGUGGGUCUCUCUUUCGUGGAUGGCUUAAAGUAACAUCUAUUUCCAUUGAUCCUAGGUUCUUACUGACUGCUUUCUCCAACUGUUCACAGCAAAUGCUUGGAUUUUAUGCAGUAGGCAUUACUACAACACAUGGCUAAUCUUCCCAAAAACUAGCUCAUUAAAGAUGAAAUAGACCAGCUCUCUUCAGUGAAGAGGACAAAUAGUUUAUUUAAAGCAUUUGUUCCAAUAAAAUAAAUAGAGGGAAACUUGGAUGCUAAAAUUACACGAUAGAAAUCUUCCUGGCAUUUAGUGUUUCUACGUUACUGAAAAAUGAUGUUCCAGAGAGAUUACUUUUUUCUCUUAUUUUUACUGCCAUCGUCGACCUAUUGUGGGACAUUUUUAUAUAUUGAAUCUGGGUUUUUUGACUUUUUUUUUUCCAAUCCAACUGCAUCCUUUUUUUUUUUUAAAGAGAGAAUUAGAAAAUAUUAAAUCCUGCAUGUAAUAUAUCUGCUGUCAUCUUAGUUGGACCAGCUUCCCAUUUAUUUAUCUGAAACUAUCCAGUUACAUCUUAAUUCCAUCCAAAGAAGAUACAGUUUGAAAAUAGAGGUGUACUAUCUACAAUGCAAUUUACUGUACAGUUAGAAAGCAACGUGUUAAAUGGAGAAGAUACUUGUUUUUAUUAAACAUUCUGAGAUUUAGAUAAACUACAUUUUAACUGAAUGUCUAAAGUGAUUAUCUUUUUUUCCCCCCAAGUUAGUCUUACAUCCUUUUUGGGUUUGAAUGAAGGCUUUACAUAAGAAAUUAUUAAAAACAAGGGGGGUGGGUGAUAAAUGUAUAUAACAUUAAAUAAUGUAACGUAGGUGUAGAUCCCAGAUGCAUUUGGAUGUACAGAUUGACUAUGGAGUACUUCUUGCUGAUGAUGAUUGGUGUAGAAAUGUGUGACUUUGGGUGGCUUUUGACAUCUUGCCUACCAUUGCAUGAAACAUUGGGGUUUCCUCAAAAUGUGUGUCAUACUUCUUUUGGGAGGGGGGUUGUUUUCUUCUGUUUAUUUUCUGAGACUCCUACAGGAGCUGAAUUUGUAAUUUAGAAACAUUUAAUUUUGUUAAUCCUGUCUGGGACACUUAAGUAACAUCUAAAGCAUUAUUGCUUUAGAGUGUUCAAAUAAAAUUUACUGACCAAAUUGUUUUGUGGAAAUAGAUGUGUUUGCAAUUUGAAGACACCUAUUUAAAAGGCAAUGUACUGAAUGCCAUUUUCAAAAGGUACUGCCAACUACGCUUUUCUAACACACGGGACCCUCAUUUACACUCCCCAAACGUGCUUACAUCUCGAUUGCCCUGUACAGUCACAGAGGGAGUGACAAGCCUUGAAUGAAGUUGUGGCACAAACAGCUCAGGCUGGUGGUCUGUGUACAGUGGGGAAGGGUAGCAUGGUCAGCUUACAACUGGCUGAGCGAAUAAAGGCUAGUUUUCUAAGAGAAGUUAUUUUAAUUUUGAAUACAUUUUUCUGGAACUAUUCAUAAUGUGAAGUUUUCCUCGAACCAUUGACUUUCUAGUUUAAUAGUUUGCUAUGCAAAUGACUGCCUGAAACAAUACUGUAUAUUGGUAUUUUUAGAAGGACUCAAAACAGCUGUAUUUAAACCUUAAUGUGAAACUCAUGCCAUUAAUAGUAAAAUAAGAUGUUUACAUUAUGAAAAUCAUUACAAAAUGUUUCUAAAAAUGGACAGACUCCACAUCCUAUACUGUGGAGUGUAAGUCCUAUAUAAAAAAUGAAAAGUAAGAUUUUUUUUAACCACUUGAGUAUGAUGGAUGUGAGCAGACAGAAAUUUGAUCAGAACCUGGAGGUGAAUCCCCCUUUCAAGCCAAAGUGUUAUGCUAAAUGUAACCCAUUGGUUCUUCCAUUUUCUCUUCCUUCUCACUUGCCUUUAAGAUCUUAUUUAAAAAGUCAUUAUUUAGUUGCUUAUAUUAUAUAACUUUGUAGCUACAUGCAAAGUACUUUUUUUGUUCUCUUACCACUUUUAUUCAAAAGUACUUUUAACAUAACACAUAGUCUAUCUGAUAGGAAUGUAAAUUGGACAGGAAGCUUUUGUCUUAAUAAAAUGAAAUUUUCUCAUGAUACGAAUCUUGCAGGUAAGAUGUAAAGUGUUUAAAAUGUGUGGGUGAACCAUUUAAAAUACUUUCAGGUGUACAAAAUCAUUUUACUAAAUCCUCUAUUUGAGUUAUUUGGAAUCUGCAGUGAAAAAUAGUUUUCUAAUUUCUGGAUACAUUAAGAGCAUUCAUAUGAAUAUAUAUCAUCUUAAAACAUUCUCUAGAAAAGGUCUUGUAUUGGUUUAUGGCUUCACAGAGGGGCUGGACAAAUAGGUGGGACUUUUAGAAGAUGUACAUCACUAUAGCUCCCUGGCUCUUGGUUGUAGAAUAGAAAGUAUAGAAUAAUAUUUAAGUUAAUUGAAGGAUUUUUCCACUCCAUUAAUGCUGUGUUUCUUUCAUUUGUUAACAUUAUUUGUUCAACUUAUCAGUUGACACUCUGAGUACUAUCAAAUACUAAGGAUAAAAUUUCCUUGUACGUCUUUAAGCAUGCUUCUCCUAAAAUCUUAACUACAUCAUUAUCCAUAUAUCCUAGAACACAGGCAGGAUACGGUGGAAAUGUAAUGGCUAGAGGUAUGGUAACACGUUCUUUACUAUAUCGUGUAUAUCGUGUUGGGCUCCUGGAUUGUACUGAGUUUGCCCAUAAGUCAAACCCGAUACUCCUGGAAUCCAUUCUGUUGUGAUAUCUGAACCUAGUGAAGUGGGUAUGCUUGGAUGUUUUCCACGGAAUGUAGACGGACCUCUUUAUAAAGUUGGAUGAACUGCAAAUUCUAGUUCUUCCAAAAGUCAUUUUAUUUAGGGUUUAUUCACAAAUUGUAUUCAUUUUGUGAUGUAACUUUUGUUUCCUAAAUGUUUACUAACCACCUUAUGCCAAGUGUCUGCAAAUAAACAUUAUUAAACACUUGCUGAAUUUUUACGAAUGUGAAAAAGAAAGAAUAUGCAUGUAAUUUGUUUAGGAAAAGCUACAUCCCGGAGGGCUUCCAUGGGGGUUCUGGGGGAGCCUCUUUGUGGUCUGUACACUCAGUUCCACCCGGGCUGUAAGUUUAGAGUUGUCUGUCUUAGUGCUUCAUUCUGUUGAUUUAUUAGAACAUGUAAUAAACAGGAGUGGUGAUGUUUGAA